AUGCGGGUGCCCCUGGCGGCGCUGGCGGGGGUGGCGGCGCUGGCCGGGGCGCUGAGCUUCGCGCUGCUGGCGGCGGCCAUCAGCACGGACUUCUGGUACAUCAUCGACACCCGGCGGCUGGAGCGCGGCGCCCUGGGGGUGCGGGGCGGCGCGGGGGGCGCCAACCGCAGCCAGCCGGAGCCCCUGAGCUCGCACUCCGGCCUCUGGCGGACCUGCCGUGUCCAGAGCCCUUGCGCGCCGCUGAUGAACCCCUUCUGGCAGGAGAACGUGACGGUCAGCGACUCCAGUCGGCAACUUCUCGCCAUGCACGGGACCUUUGUGAUUCUGCUCCCCUUCAGCCUCAUCCUCAUGGUCUUUGGGGGGAUGACGGGGUUUCUGAGCUUCCUCCUCCGAACCUCCCUCCUCCUGCUGCUCACGGGGACCCUCUUCCUCUUUGGAGCUCUCGUCACGCUCACCGGCAUCAGCAUGUACAUCGCGUAUUCGGCUGCCGCCUUCCGGGAGGCGCUGUGUCUGCUGGAGGAGACGGCCCUGCUGGACCAGGUGGACAUCCGCUUCGGCUGGUCCCUGGCCCUGGGCUGGGUCAGUUUCUUCGCCGAGCUGCUCACCGGGGCAUCCUUCCUGGCAGCGGCCCGCGUGCUCAGCCUGAGACGGCGGCAGGACCAGGCCAUCUGA